AUUAAGCCAACAACAAUCCGAACAGUGCUCUCCAUUGCUGUGAGUAGAGGCUGGAAGAUUCACCAAUUAGACAUCAACAAUGCCUUUCUCAAUGGUAAACUUGAUGAGACAAUAUUCAUGCAACAACCGGUGGGUUUUACAGAUCCAAAUCAACCCCACCAUGUUUGUCGCCGCAAGAAGUCCUUGUACGGCCUAAAGCAGGCCCCAAGAGCCUGGUUCCGUGAGCUCAAGCAAUUUCUCCUAUCUUUUGGCCUCACAAAUUCAAGGUCAUAUAGCUCGCUCUUUGUUUCUCCUUCUGGUAUUGACCGGCUCUAUGUUUUGGUUUAUGUAGACGAUAUUCUAAUCACCGGAAGCAACUCUGCCAUCAUCUCCAAGCUAAUCCAUGCCAUGAGCACAAGAUUCUCCUUGAAAGAUCUUGGAGAACUUAAUUUCUUUCUUGGUGUCGAGGCCAUUCAUACUACUACUGGUCUUUUCCUCUCACAAAGGCGCUACAUAGAAGACAUCCUGCACCGGUCACACAUGGAAAACUCCAAAGCAGUAAGUACACCACUUGCUUCUACUACCACCCUUCAACAGACUGCAGGACACACUCUUACAGAUCCAACGGAGUAUAGAAAGAUUGUUGGCUCCCUACAGUAUCUUAACCUGACACGACCGGACAUUUGUUUUGCCACAAGUAAGCUUUCUCAGUUUAUGCACAGUCCUACAGACCUCCAUUGGCAAGCGGUAAAAAGGGUUCUUCGGUACCUUAAGGCAACUCUUAAUCAUGGUCUCCUUAUUCGUCCUCAAUCCUCACUAUCUCUUCAUGGCUUCACGGAUGUUGAUUGGGCUGGAGACAAAGACCAUUUCACCUCUACGACAGGGUAUCUAAUGUAUCUCGAUUCCAACCUUGUGUCUUGGAAAGCCACCAAACAACGAGCCGUAGCUCGAAGCUCUACUGAAGCAGAGUAUAGGGCUUUAGCAGCAGGCACUUCAGAACUUGUAUGGAUCCAAAACCUUCUUUUUGAACUUGGCAUUCGACCUACUUCCCCUCCAGCACUCUACUGUGAUAACCUUGGUGCUACUUAUCUUAGUAGUAACCCAGUGAUGCACUCUCGUAUGAAGCACAUUGCAAUAGACCUUCAUUUUGUUUGGGAUUUAGUUGACAAGAAAGUUGUUCGAGUCUCACACAUUGCAUCCAUAGAUCAACUAGCUGAUGGACUCACUAAACCUCUUUCUAGUCAUCGGUUUCUCUCCUUAAGAUCCAAGAUUGGAGUCACUGACGGCUCCUCCAUCUUGCGGGGGCGUGUUAAGGAAAUAAAUUAUUCCUCGUCAAUCUCUUGAUUUACAUCUUUAUUAUCAUUAUUGUAAUUAGUUAAUUAUAUAUCUUUCCUUAUACAUAUGAUUUAGGGCAACAGACUCUUUGUAUAUAUACAUGUGCUGUAAAUACAAAUUUGAUAUGGAAUACAAAUUGUCUCAAACCUGUUAUAGGUCUCCUCAUUUGCUUUUUGUUAAUUUCCUACUUCUUCCUUAUUUGCUUUUUGUUUAUAUAAAAGUAUAUCACAUAG